GUUUUUUUACCUCUAUGCAUAACUCCCGUGGUUAUGCCCAAAUAACUCAGUUUUAGUUUCAUCGGUCCACAUCACCUUAUUCCAGAAUGAAGGUGGCUUGACCAAAUGUGCUUUAGCAUACCUCAAGCAACUCUGUUUGUGCUGUGGAUGAAGAAAAGGCUUCCUCUGCAUCACUCUCACAUAUAGCAUCUGUCAGAUAAAAGUUUUAGACCAGUGUGGGGUUAACCCAUAGGGGGUUCUAAAACACUGGUUUUCAGUGAGACAGAGCCAAGUUCCAUUGUGGUAAUUCUCGCUUCUGCCUUAUUCAGGUGGAGAACUCUUACCUUUGCAUCCACAAGGGUCGCUCAAUAUUAUUCUCACUGUUUGAUGUGAUACUGCAUCACCUAGUGGUAAUUCAGUAUCCAAUCAUGCUUGCACAGUCACACAGUUUAAAGUCCUAUUUUUUGUCACGAAUAAUUUCAGGGAUCUGUCCCCUAACUUACUUUAGGACUAUUUUGUGCCUGUGUAGGGUCUAGAAUCCCACAGGUCUUUCACUCAGUCACACUUUUUAAAGUGAGACAAACUCACGGAAUAUAAGGACUCCGUCGUCCCCUUCUGUGUCUCCCUCCUUCGGAGUUCCUUCAAUUUGCAGAUUCCAGAGGAUGGGGUACGCCCAGUCCCGAAAAGGGUCUGAAGGACUCUCACCUAAAGUUCCUGCUGUGGCCACAGUCUUCUGGAUGCCACCUGGUUUCCUGGAAUCUUUUGAAUAUGUUGGAAUCUGGCUUGAAGGACCAAUUAAUGUCAUGUUAAAAACCCCUAAGACACCAAAAACACAAGGAAAGAGACGCAAAAGUCAGAAUUCUUUUUUAUGCUCAAGGAGAAUGGAAUAAGGUGUCACGGUCACUUAAUCCACUGCAGCUGUCCCAGUUCUGUGUUAACAGGUGGGCGUGUCGGAGAACCAGCUGUUCCUGAUCUCCCUGAUCAGAGGGCCAGGGGUACUUAAGGAGCGGUGUGACACAACUCCGCUGCCAGUUGAUACUCGCAUCUUGGGUAAACACUAGCCAGUCGCAGUUCUAGUUUGAUGUUCAGUUUUAAUCUUGUCUGCCCGUUCCAGUCAGCCCCGAUCUACCGAGUCCUGAAGGUUCCUGCUCGUCUGUUCUCAGGAAUUACCCACCGCCGUCUGGAGUUGUUGUUCCCACAUCACGUCUCUCACUGUCCCCCUGGUCUCCUCACUCUCCGCCGCCCGUCUGUCGUCCUGCCUGCUUCCCAGCCUGCCUAACCACCAGCCUCCGGACCUGCAUCAUAAGCUGCCUCACUGUCUGCCUCGCAACCUGUUUCCUCAUCCCAUCCUGGAUCCUCAUUCUCUGCUGCUUGUCUGUCCCGACCUGGCCCCAAAGAUUCAGCCCUGCCUCACCAAGACCGAUCAUCUCCAAUCACGAUCCCUCCCAUUCCCGUUUGGAGCAGCGUUUUCAGUUAUACAUCAUUCUUAAUAAAUAGUAUUUGUUAUUUACUUACCAUCGUUUCCGUCCGUGAUUCUUUCAUGUCCUGGGUAAAACAUAUUCCCAACAUGACAGAAUCAACCGGCCAAAGGUCCACCCCCUUGGAAGAAUCACUUCCGCCAGCCGUUGGUUACACUCUAGCCAAACAUGAAAGAUCCAUACAAGCCGUCCUUGACCAAUUUUCCUCCACUAAUCAGCGCCUGUUCCAGCUUGACUCCGCGCUUCGCCAGAUGAAUGACGCGUUCAGAACUACACCUCCGUCUACCGCUACUUCCGCAGCCCCAUCCCAGUCAUCACUUCCGGUUCCGCUGCCUGGGUUCGGCUUCCGGGUCGCCGAAUCUCCACAACCCAACACCUUUUCCGGCGAACCAGACACUGCCGGGGCAAACGCAGAGCUCAGGUAUACAGCAGGACACGGAGUGAACGGGGGACAGGAAAUGAUGUGCGAGACACAGGAUUUUGUGCUGUUGGAUGAAACAAGCAUGUACUUGAAGGUUCUGGAGGGAUUUCUGAUGGUUUUAUCCACAGCAGGAGACAUGAUCUUCCUGUCGGACAAUGUCAGCAAGUACAUGGGUUUAACUCAGACUGAGCUGAUGGGGCACAAUAUUUUUGAGUACACUCACCCGUGUGAUCACGAGGAAAUCAGGCACAACCUACGUCUGACAGCAGAGGAUGUCUGGUGUAGUCAGAAGAGGGACAUUGUGAUGAGGAUCAAAAGCGCUCUGACACAUAGAGGAAGAAUCUCUAACAUCAAGUCUGCAACGUGGAAGGUGUUACACUGUCAGGGCAGGGCCAAGGUGUGCACAGCCUCCUCUUCAGCUUCCUGCCUACUUCUGACCUGCCGGCCUCUACCUCUCUCACACACUCUCCUCAGCACACACACAUUCACGAGCCAACACAGCAUGGACAUGAAGUUCACAUACUGUGACCAGAGGGUAACUUCUCUCUUAGGCUACAGGCCUGAUGAGCUGCUGGGCCGCUCCAUCUAUGACCUCUGUCACACACUGGACACAAAGUGUUUAAACAAAAACCACCUCAACCUGUGCUUGAAGAGUCAGUCUGUCAGUGGUCAGUACAGGCUGCUGGUGAGGGGUGGGGGCUACGUCUGGGUGGAGAGCCACAGUGCCGUCAUCCCCGGUGUCCAGCCCUCCAGGUCCAGACCCAACACCAACCAGCCGCUCUGCAUCCUGACUGUCACAUACGUCCUCAGUGGCGUGGAGGAGCCGUCUCUGCAGCUCUCAUUGGACCAGACUUACCAGAGAUAUUUGAGAUGAAAUCAGACCCUCAUCGCUCUGUGAUUUCACUUAAUCUGACUUUCAUUAAAUUAGAUCUUUUGA